ACAAACAACUGACAACAUGACAACUGAUUGUAGAUGAACUGAAAUUUGGAUGGUAUGAAUGUUAUCUCACACGAACACGAUGUUGCCGACCGCCAUGUUUUGUAUUUUGUACAACUGAUGAACGUUUGUUUACGACUGCAACGUUACAAUUCGUAUUAUUUAUUUAUUGUGCUAUCUCCUAAAGUAUAUAAACUUUUAGAAAUGUCCUAGUACAAUUAUAAGUGUGUGUAUUUGUUCUACUUGAGUGGUUAUGCGAGUAAGUUUUAUUUUUUACCAGUAAAUCAAUAGCCUUAAUAUUAGUUCUUACAGAAAGAGUAGUCGGCGGUCAUCUAAAAUGACUGCCGAAACGGAUUCCACGGUUAGCCCUGGAUCCAAAGUCAUUCAGAUAACAAAUAUAGCACCGCAGGCUACUAAAGAUCAGAUGCAAACACUUUUUGGAUUCAUAGGGAAAAUUGAAGACAUACGAUUGUACCCAACCAUCAGGGAUGUAUCAGUGCCUGUUCAGUCGAGAAUAUGUUAUGUCAAAUUCUUUGAUACAGCUAGUGUUGGAGUUUCUCAGCAUAUGACAAACACGGUAUUCAUCGACAGAGCUUUGAUUGUUACACCAUAUCAGUCAUCAGGCGGCGAAAUACCUGAUGAGUACAGGGCUUUGGAUAUAGCUGCUCAAGCCAACGUCGUGCCAGGAUUGUAUCCUAAUGAUCCUAAACUGCCUCCUCAUGUGACUAACCAGAUCGAGGGACUUCCGCCUAAUCAGGUAAUCACAACUCACGAUCCAGUUUUAGUGUCAAAUGGACUGCCACUCUAUCCACCUCUACCAGUCACAUACGACGCCAGGCGAAUUGAAGAGAUUAGAAGAACACUGUUGGUCAUCAACAUUGAUAAUUCCAUCUCAGCCCAACAGUUGAUCGAUUUCUUUAGUACAGCUGGGGAUGUCAAAUAUGUGAGAUUCUGCACUAGGGACAAUGACAGUAACCGGUAUGCUUUGGUAGAGUUUUCUGAGCAGAGUAGCAUUAUCCCCGGCUUGAAGAUGAAUGGAAGUGAGUUGGCUGGCAAAGUGAUACAGGUCUAUCAUUCUACACAAGCGAUCGCGAAACCAAUGGCUAAGAGUAACGAAGCUGCACAGCGGGAGAUUGAGGAGGCCAUGACACGUGUCAAGGAAGCACAGAGCUUGAUUUCGGCAGCCAUCGAUCCAGUGAUUGGAAUUUUGUCCAAAGACAAGAAGCGCAGUCGCAGCAGCUCCAAGACUCGAGGUCACUCAAGGUCCAGAUCCCGCGGACGGUCCCAUCGUCAUCGAAGAUCCAGGUCAAGGUCAAGAGGUCAUAGGCGCCAUAGGAGGUCACGGUCAAGAUCACGACGUCGCUCCAGAUCACGCUCAAGGAAACGCUCCCACUCGAGGCGGUCGAGGUCCAGAGACAGGGACCGCCGCAGAAGGUCCAAGGAACGCAGAAGAAGUCGGUCAAGGUCGUACUCACGCUCGAAAAGGUCACGUUCCAAAAGAAGGUCCAGGUCUAAAUCGAAAUCAAGAUCGUCGCAUUCGAGGAGAGAUAAGAGUAGGGAUAAGUCGAGAAGGGAUAAGGAUAAGGACAAGGAUAGAGAUAAGGAUAAGGAUCGUGACCGUGAUGACAAGAAGAAGGAUAAGGAUUCUUCGAGGUCUGAUAAACACCGGGAGAGCAGUGUGAAGAAGGAUAGCCGAAAGGAGGAACGUUCCAAAGAAUCGGCGGAACCAGGUAAGACGAAGUCGAGAUCGAGGAGUGCUGAGAAGGUGAGGGCUUCUCGGUCGCCAUCGCGCAGAAGAACGCCAUCCCCGUCAAGGCGAAGGAGUCCGUCGCCCAUGGAGACAGACGGCAGUCGGUCGCCGAGCAGGAAGAGGAGUCAGUCACCGAGGAAACGCAGUGCGUCACCGGAUGACCGUCGACAGAGUAGAUCCCCGGUGAGUCACAAGAGCCGGUCGCCCACUCACAGCCGCAAAAGUCGCUCACCGAUCAGACGCGACAGUCGCUCGCCGAUGGGUGUCAGGUCAAUGUCACAGUCGCCGCAACCCAGCGAAUCGCGGUCGCCGCGAGGUGAGCACAGUCGCUCGCCACCUCCCAGGUAUCAGACCGAGAGUCUGACCGGAUCUCCCCGGCGACAACGAAGCAGCCAUUCCAGGUCUCCGUGAUGCUUUUAUUCUCCCUCUGAGUCGGACCUGAGUGCUACUUACUACGAUAUUUCAAGUCACUUCAAUUAUUACUAAAUUUUGGACAAAGUUUACAGAUAAAUAAGUUCUGGACAAUUUCAAAUAAUGGUGAUCAGUUAUCAGACUGCUUAUCAAAGUUUAAAGUUUGCUAUACUCUGGACAAUUUCAAGUUACAGUAACAAAUUAUCAAGUUACACAUUUCUAAAUACAGUGAUAAGUUAUCAGAGUUUGCUAUGCUCUGGACAAUUUCAUGUUACAGUAAUAAAUUAUUAUGAAGAUAGCUGAAGAGAGUUCAAAAUGUAAUAUGGUGUUGUCAAAAGUCAUGAAUUUAGACUCAGUUUCUAUUAAGUCAUUUCAAAUAAAUAUUACUCAUUCUCUAAAACUAGUUUUUGGCUUCAGAUGUUAUUGAUAAAGAAGGUAGUUAGACGAUUUCCAGUGAUAGGAAUAGAUAGCUUUUACACGGAAUCACUUCUUAUUUCGUCGUCAUGGUCGAGUGAAAUGAUUUUACUCUAUUUUCAUUAACCAACAAGUGAUUGGCUCUAGGUAUUUUUGAUGAAUUUGUAGGAUAGAAGUUGAGUAUAGGUUGAAGCAUUUCAAAUAAGAGUAAUUAAUUUUUUAGGAUUUUUAAAGAAUUCCUUGUUAUAUUUUUGAUAAAGUUGAAAAUGUACCGUAAUAUAGUCUGGCAGAUUUUAAGUUGAAUUUGACCCUUUAACUUCAUUUCCUAAUUCUUGAUAUUUCCUUAACUUAUUGAUGAGGAAUGUAGGUACUAGAUUGAAUUUAUAUAGCCUACUUUA